AUGCCAGAGAUAACUCAAUUUAAAGAAGCUUUGCUUGAGGGAGAAGAAAGGUCGGCAUAUGCUAUUGUUCCAAUCCCAUCUUCUAACUCAAUCCAGAUUUCCAAACAUACAUUUUCCUUAUUUGAGCGCAAAACAAUCGACCAAAUCACAGAAUUGAACGCUAGCUAUGACAUACUUGCAAAAAAUGCCUCCACACAUUCAGGAAAACCUUGGUUUUUCAUCGGUUGUACAUCGGUAGUUCCUUACUUCAAUCCUGACACUGAAGAAAUAGAAGCAAACAAGUUUUCUUGCGUGAAAUGCAAAAAACAGAUUACUGCCACACAAAUGAGGUAUAAGCUCUACAUUCAAGCAAUUGACCACACUUCUACUGCCUCAUUUCUUUUGUUCGAUGAUGUGGUCAUUCCACUGGUUAACAAAUCCGCAUAUGAUUUGCGUGAGCAACAAGUUCAGAUUUUGAUUCCAGAUACAACAGCACGGAAUUCUUCCUACAGGGUAGUAAGCCUUACGGAAGACCCCAACGUUAUUAAAGAUUUCACUUAUACUCAUUCCAAUUUGAUUGCUCAUGAAGGUCAAAUCAUUGCCAUAUCUGGCAUUUCAGAUGGAACUAAAAAUCAGACUCACAACGUGUCUUCUGAAGCGGAGAACUUAGAUUUCAGCAACUCUGGAAAUGUUUCUACGUCUACUCCAGGCACCAAAAGAUCGCAAGAUGUAUCGUCUUAUGUAUUGGAGAACUUAGACUCCCCCAACUCAUCUGAUGUUUCUAUGUCAACUAAAACCCUAAAAAGAUUGCUUUCCGCAACUGAAGAUGUUGGUGUCCAAUAUUCGUCAACAAAACAGAAGCUGUUGCUGAAGAAUCAGAUUAAGAAGGAGAAAAAAUGA